UUCCUCUCCCGCCGCGUGGGCUGUGGAGCUGACCAGAGCGCGGGCCCAGCCAGAGAUGGCUGAUUCCGAUCCUGGGGAAAGAAGCUAUGAUAACAUGCUGAAAAUGCUGUCUGACCUGAACAAGGACCUGGAAAAGCUAUUGGAAGAGAUGGAAAAAAUCUCAGUGCAGGCAACCUGGAUGGCCUACGAUAUGGUGGUCAUGCGUACCAACCCCACACUAGCAGAGUCCAUGCGCCGGCUAGAAGAUGCCUUCCUCAACUGCAAAGAGGAGAUGGAGAAGAACUGGCAAGAGCUACUCACCGAGACCAAGCGCAAGCAGUGAGUCACCAUCUGUCACCAGCCUGUGGGCCGAAGCCAGGGACAUGGGUCCAGAAGCCCAGAUGUGUAGCCGUGUGCAUGGUACUUGUUUCUCAAUAAACUUAU